UACGAGACGGCUAACCUUUUGAACGAGGAAGUAUUGUAUCCGUCUCUCCAGGAGCUUGUGAAAACCCCAUUCUUCCGUUAUUUCAAGGUGAAAUUAUGGUGUGACUGUCCUUUCUGGCCGGAUGAUGGCAUGUGCAAAUUGAGGGAUUGCAGUGUCUGUGAAUGUCCGGAUAAUGAGUUCCCUGAGUUGUUUAAGAGGCCUUUCCGCCGUGGUCUGCCCUCAGAUGCGCCUAUUUGUCAAGAAGGCAAGCCGGAGGCUGCCGUCGAUCGCACCCUUGAUCAUAGAGCUUUUAGGGGUUGGACAGUGACUGAUAACCCAUGGACAAAUGAUUAUGAGACUAACAAUGAUGAGAUGACGUAUGUGAAUCUGCAACUGAAUCCUGAACGCUAUACUGGAUACACUGGUCCAUCAGCUAGAAGGAUAUGGGAU